AUGCCGGGAAAUGUCAGACUCGAGGCCUCAGGAGUUAAGCCAAUCUUCGAAACGGAAGAGCACUCGUCCGGCCGCAAAGUCAUCGAUGAAAUAAAGAACAUCAAAAUCAAGUUCAUCAAAAACACAAGGUGCCACGCUAUCGCAGAAAUUGAGGGACUCAACGUCACUAUCGCAAACGCCAUACGCAGGAUUCUACUGGCCGAAGUGCCGACACUCGCCAUAGAAAGCGUCCAUAUAUAUCAGAACACCGGCGUCAUCCAGGACGAAGUCCUUGCCCACCGACUAGGUUUAGUGCCGUUCGACUGCGACCCCGACCUGAUCCCGUUUAGAAAUAUCGAAGAUAUCAGUGGAAAGAACAGCGUAUGCUUCCAUCUCAAAGUAAAGUGCACCCGAGCAGACUUGGGGGACAGGCCGAAUCUGCCAAUUUACUCCAGGGACCUGAAGUGGGUCCCUCUGUCGACGGAACAGGCUGAGCUAUUUAAAGAUCACCCACCCAAACCCAUACAUGACGACAUACUGCUCACCAAACUCUCGCCAGGGCAGGAAAUCGACCUAAAGGCCUACCUCGAGAAGGGUAUCGGGAAGACGCACGCCAAGUGGUCGCCAGUAUGCACUGCUGUCUAUCGCUUCAAGCCCGAAAUCACCUUCUCGGAGGAGCCGCUUGACGCCAAUGAAGUCGAGGAGCUCGUGCAAAUAUGUCCUAUGGGAGUGUUCGGUGCCGAAAACGGUGUGUUCUGCGAUUCAAACGUACGCAUCAAUUACAGGGCGCAUUACACAGAUAAGGCCAUACAACUGCACGUCGUGCCGCGCAUGCGUAGAGAGGUUUCCCCGACGGUUUCGGUCGAGUCGACAGGAGCCGUGCCCAGCGGGAAGCUCUUCCUCAAGGCCAUUGGCGUGCUUAAGGAAAAGACGCAAAAGCUGAAGCGACGCAUGGCAGACACACUCAGUUACACGCUGUGA